GCAGCAGCAGGGGCGGAGGAGGCGGCGGCACCGGCACCACCACCACCACCACCACCAUCAACAUCAUCACCCCCCCCCCAGCCCAGCCAGGCUGUCCUCCCUGAAUGGCAGCCUCCUGUAUAUGGAACCAGGAGAAGUGACUUGCCACCGCUGCUGCCUUCUCUCCUUCGGGCGCCAGAAAGGGAAGCCUGUUGGGCAGCAGUACUUUCUGCUGCGCUCCACGCCCGGGCGCCAGAGCAGCGGCAGAGGCAGACAGCCCCCCCUAAACCUGCGGCCACUCUCGCGCAACUACUGCUCGGCAUCCUCCCCUUGCGCUGCUUUGGCCCACGUGCCCUCUUUUUGUGCGUCUCCAUCACCGCCCGCCCGCCCGCUCGCCUCGGAGGUCCCCUUUUUCGGGUUUCCAAAGGAAGACUCUGGCUCUUGGAUUGCAUCGGGAUUUGGGGCCACUCCGGCGGUUGAAGCUUGCCAGGCAUGGUCGGGCUGAAGAUGCUCCCGCUGAAGCUGCUCUUGGUGGCCGUGGUCCUCUGCUUCUUCGAAGGGGAUGCCAAGUUUGGGGAGAACGGGGCUAAGAGGAGAAGGUGCUUGAACGGCAGCCCUCCGCGGCGCCUCAAGAAGCGGGACAGGAGGCUGAUGCUCCUGGAGCCCCCCAUCGCGGGGGACCUGAUGUGCCGGGCCUUCUACCCGCGCCUAUCUUGCUGUCCCAGGGUUGAGAGGCAGAGCAUGCUGCCCGCUGAGAACAAGAUCUUUUCUGUUACCAACAACACAGAAUGCGUGAAGCUGCUGCAGGAAAUCAAAUGUGCACACUGUUCGCCGAAUGCUCAGAAUCUGUUCCACUCAACUGAGAAGGAAACAUUCGAAAGAGAACUAGUCCUUCCUUUCCUGUGCAAGGAUUAUUGUAAAGAAUUCUAUUACACUUGCAGAGGUCACAUUCCAGGUUUACUCCAAACUACAGCUGAUGACUUUUGCUUCUACUAUGCAAGAAAAGAUGGUGGCUUGUGCUUUCCAGACUUUCCAAGAAAACACGUUCGAGGACCCGCUUCUAACUAUUUGGACCAGAUGGAAGAAUAUGGCAAAGUGGAAGAUAUCAGCAGGAAACACAAACACAACUGCUUUUGCAUUUAUGAGGUUGUAAGUGGUCUGAGGCAACCUGUUGGAGCAGUACACUGUGGAGAUGGAUCACAGCGCUUGUUCGUCCUUGAGAAGGAGGGGUAUGUGAAGAUUUUCACACCUGAAGGGGAUAUAAUCAAGGAGCCAUUUCUGGACAUACACAAACUUGUUCAAAGUGGAAUAAAGGGUGGAGAUGAAAGGGGUCUCUUAAGCCUUGCAUUCCAUCCCAAUUACAAAAAAAAUGGAAAGCUGUAUGUGUCUUAUACCACCAACCAAGAGCGAUGGGCCAUUGGGCCUCAUGACCAUAUUCUUAGGGUCGUAGAAUACACCGUUUCCAGGAAAAAUCCACAUCAGGUUGAUAUGAGAACGGCAAGAGUUUUCCUAGAAGUAGCAGAGCUACAUAGAAAACAUCUUGGAGGGCAGCUGCUAUUUGGUCCUGAUGGAUUACUAUACAUAUUCCUUGGUGAUGGAAUGAUCACUAUAGAUGAUAUGGAGGAGAUGGAUGGUUUAAGUGAUUUUACAGGUUCUGUGUUGCGCCUGGAUGUAGAUACUGAUUUCUGCAACGUGCCUUAUUCCAUACCAUGGAGCAACCCACACUUUAACAGCACCAAUCAGCCACCUGAAAUUUUUGCCCAUGGACUUCACAAUCCAGGCAGGUGUGCUGUGGAUCACCACCCAGCUGAUGUAAAUAUUAAUUUAACAAUACUUUGUUCAGACUCCAAUGGGAAGAACAGGUCAUCAGCAAGGAUUCUACAGAUAAUAAAGGGGAAAGAUUAUGAAAGUGAACCUUCACUUUUAGAGUUCAAGCCAUUCAGUAGCGGACCAUUGGUUGGUGGAUUUGUAUACAGAGGCUGCCAGUCUGAAAGGCUUUAUGGAAGCUAUGUAUUCGCCGACCGCAAUGGAAAUUUUUUAACACUGCAACAGAAUUUCUUGACCAAACAGUGGCAAGAGAAACCACUAUGUCUUGGCAACAGUGGUUCAUGUAGAGGUUUCUUUUCAGGACAUAUCUUGGGAUUUGGUGAUGAUGAAUUAGGUGAAGUUUAUAUCUUAGCAAACAGUAAAAGUAUGACACAAUCACACAAUGGAAAACUCUACAAAAUUGUUGACCCCAAAAGGCCUUUAGUCCCAGAAGAAUGCAAAAGAACAGCUCUUCCUGCCCAGAUAUUGACAUCUGAAUGCUCAAGGCAUUGUCGAAAUGGGCACUGCACUCCCACCGGAAAAUGUUGCUGUAAUCAAGGCUGGGAAGGCGAGUUCUGCAGAACUGCAAAAUGUGACCCAGCAUGUCGACAUGGAGGUGUCUGCAUACGACCAAAUAAAUGCUUAUGUAAAAAAGGAUAUCUUGGCCCUCAAUGUGAACAAGUGGAUAGAAACAUCCGAAGAGUGACAAGGGCAGAGAGGCCUUCCCACACAGAAAGAAGGGAAGAGCAAGGGUGCCCGUGGUGGCAUAGUUCAUUUAACACCUGUUCCUGUACCAGCAAUAUACAGUGUUUUAAGCGGUGUAGACUGACACCUUAACCAAACAUUCCCAGAUUACUUGAAAAUGAUCUCUGUAGGAGAGAGAAUGUCUGUAUAGCGAAUUCUUCACUAACGAAACAGGCAAUUCCUUAAAUUUUAAUACAGCUGUAAUUUGUAAGCAAUAUGUGAUAGGUAGCUGUUCUUAUCCAGAUCCCUCUGGCUAGAGACCGCAGAAGGAAAUGGUGUCUAUGUUGCCAUCCACCUAUGAUUACUCUUGGCUUUCAAGUGACCUAAUGACAAAUGGAAAUUGGUUGAGAAAUCUUGGUCCAGUGCUUAGUGAACAAUGGUCUGCAUUAAAAAGUGCAUGCAUAAUUUUGCACAAUGUAGAUCCAACUGACACUCUAUUCAGAGAAGGUUCAGGAUUAAAUGAGCAUGGAGACCAAAUUGCCCUCUUACCCCAGAAAAGGGUGGUCUCUUCCAGUCAUACUAGCACAUCAUUGGCUAAGCAGUGUGACCAAUCUCGCAAUGAACCCUGCAAUAGCCUGCAUCUGUAGGUUAAUAGCAGACCUUUGUCUCCAUUGCUUUCUCCCUAUAGUCUUUUUACUGAAUCACAUCACAAAAAGUUUUACAAUUUAAAAAAAUGUCCUGACAACCAUUUUUGUAAAUUGACCUUACCAUCUAAUCUUCUCUUAUUCAACGUGGGGGUGACAUUAACAAAAUGUGAACUUCUAGAGAAAGAGGCAGCUGUCUAAAUCUGUCAGAUAGUGCAGUUUUAUUACACAUUAGAGCUUUGCCAGAGUAAGAAUGAAAUUACUGCAACACUUAUAAGCAACUCACAUUUAGGUGUUCAAAAUAGCUGCUAGUUCCCUGCAGACGUGGAGGGUGGAAGUUAUCCCCCAAGAUAACAUUGUAUGAGCAAAUAUUUUCUGUCUCUAGUUUAAAAAGAGACAUCAUUCUUCUCCCAAAAUAAUUUGCAAGAAAUUUCUAUAAGGUUUAUUGCAGUAGUGAGAGUUCCUGGCAUAAUCCUGGCUAAAGUCUUGAUUAAUCAGACACCACACAUGUAAGAUCAUAAUAAGGACAGGAAUAAUAAUCAGAGAAACCUAACAACAACUGAAAUAAUCAGAUUGUUUUGUUAGUGACCGCAGGAAACACAGGUAGCCUGAAGGCCAAUUACAAUAUGUUUGCAAUGCUAGUGUAGCACUGACAUAAUGUCUAGUUUGUAACAUUGCACUAAAGAAGCACUCACUAUAGACCAACCUAAGUAAUUAAAAUAUUGAACUGGGUAGUAUGGAGUGGAAUGUGCAUCAGUGAAUUACUAAGACCUAUUCCAUCCUGUGGAAACAGAACUCUCUCGACAAUUAUGCACUCCCGGGAGUGCAUAACUUAGCAUGAGAACUCUUCAGUGGAAAUGAAUUGUUCCCAGUAAAGUCACUAAAAAUCUCAGCUGCAUGUUUAUGAAAAAAAAGCACACCAAUUAUUGAAAAGGGUGGUGAGUAACUUUAAUCUUUGUCUCUCCCUUUUUUCUGCCCUUUGAGCCUAAACGUAAAGGAGGUUUAAUGGUAUGUAGUAAUUACCUUGAAUAAUGACAUGCAAAAAAAAAAUUAACGUAUUUCUGUGACAAUUUCAUUGCUAAUUAAGCUCACACCAUGGCAACUCACAAUGAGACCCUAAAAAUGAAGUUUACAAUGAAACUUUUGCCCCCAGUAAAAACUGAGGUCGGUGGAGCAAUCAGUUAAUAGGCUCAAAAAGAACGUAUGGCUUUUGUGCUUGGGUUCAAGGGUUUUUUGGUUUGUUUUUUCAUCUGCCUCUCCUGGCCUGCAGUUCUAAUGAGGUUAUUAUGAAACCUUGUGAUUGUUUCUACAACAAUAUAUAUUUUGAGUUGGGGAGUGGAGAAUAUCCUUCAGGUUCUUUUUCUGUCAAGCGACACACACAAAAACCAUGAAUACUCCAAAGAACAUAUAUCUAACUUAUUUGUUGGAUGAAUUACAACCAUGUAUAUGCUUCAGUUUACCAAUGCAAAUAAAAGGAAUGCUCUCAGCUCAACUAAA